CCUGGAACCCUCUGGAAUCUUGCACCACUGGGAGAUUGGGGUGUCGUGCAACACCCCUCAGAGGUUGGGUUGUCCUGGGGAGAUCUUGGCACUGGCAAGUUAGAUGGGGUAUUUAGGGCGCUGCUGAAAACACGUUGUUUCACCUCGUCAAAUGCCUUUUCUUUCGGUUUCUAGAAACCGAAAUUCUCUUAUUUGCUUGCUGACAUUUCUCAGAAAUCAGGUGACCACAUAUAACCACAACAUAAUUGGCUAUGCGCUAGCUAAGGGGAGGAAGCUAAGUCUGAAAAGGAUGUAGCUGCGUAGCUCCGUUCUUCAGGCCUGCUCUUCAUUCUUCUGCAGUUCCCAAACACAGUAUCCCUUUCACCACAGCCACCUGUUUUCUUUAAGCCCUGCUCAGUCAGCUCGAAGCAGAAGUGCCAUCUAUGGAGACUACACCUGGCUCUCUUUUCUAUCCACGAAUGGAUCAAUACAGGCUGGCUCCACAAGCACCUUACCCUGGCAACGUUGUGGUGGUUGUCCCUCCAAGCCAUGUUGGUGCAGGACAGAAGAAACUCACAGAGGAAAAUGAUGCUCUGGGGGCUAUGCAGGUGGUUAUUGCUCUGAUACAUCUUGGUCUUGGAGGCAUUUUGCUCUUUUCAUCAAAGGAUUGUGACACAUGGAUCAUGACUGUCUGGUAUCCCAUCUGGGGGGGUGCCCUUUUCUUAAUUUCAGGAUGCCUUUCAUCAGCAGCGACAAAAAAAUCAGUUGCAGGUCUGGGAGCAUUCAGUUACCUCUUUAACACUCUUAGUGGCCUCGGUGCAAUUGCUGGAAUGUGUCUUUUGCUGAUUGAUGUAAUAAAAAAUAGAGAGAGAAACUUUUCUGCAGUUACGGAGACAUCUCACUUUGUAUCCAAAUUUCUUCUUCCACAAAUUCCUAAUAUUUCAAACUAUUGCAAGACCACUGGGGCAUAUGAAAUGGGAAUUCUGUGUGUGAUGCUUUUCUUCUCUUUCCUCGAGGCUACAACUACUUUUUCGGUUCUCUGCAAUAGCAAGGACAAAAAGAAGCACAGAUCAGACAAUGAAGAACAAAAUGUUGCGUUGACAUCACUCCCACAGCCACGCUAUGCAGACGGAGUUCCUGACCCACCACAGUACACUGCAACAGAAGCAAACAGAUACUCACAGCUUCCUGAAAGCAUCCCUGGAAACACACAUACAGACUGGCCCCGCUAUGCUGCCGGUUAUGAGCCACACACUGGAUAAAGUUGGAUUUUUAAUCGUCACCACUCUUUUUUGCUUUGUUGAUGUUUGAUUGUAAGGUUUCAAGCAUUUUGUUUUUGGUUUUUGUAAUGUGUGGCUACAUUAAGAAUUCACAGUUUUUAUCAUUAUCUGCCAUCUUGAUCUGCCAUAUCCAUUAUUAUUUAUCACUGAUGCACCAAUAAAGCAGUGCAAACCACCUUGAAAGAUGGCUGCCUUUUGCUCUAAGAACACUGUGGAGGCCGAGGAGAGAGAACAGGGAGGCUGGACGUAGGUUUUCUUUCUUGUGUUCUUUAGAAACCUGGACUUCCCUUAUUUCUACUGUAUUGUGCUGUUAUGGAAAAAUUAGAGCUGUAUGGCUUUCUAGUGCCUUACUCUGCUAAUAAAGCAAAUUGUUAGAAAAUGGUUGUGAAAGACAGUAAAUCACCGUUGCAUCUCUUCAGUACCAUGUAAUAGUGCCUGGGGUUCAGUUGUAAGUAGGUUGUGGGUGGCACUGUGGUCUAAACCACUGAGCCUCUUGGGCUUGCCAAUCAGAAGUUCGGAGGUUCGAACCCCCACAAUGGGGUGAGCUCCCAUUGCUCUGUUCCAGCUCCUGCCAACUUAGCAGUUCGAAAACAUACCGAGGCAAGUAUAGAUAAAUAGGUACUGCUGUGGCAGGAAGAUAAACGACGUUUCCAUGCGCUCUGGUUUCUGUCACAGUGUUUCAUUGCGCCAGAAGUGGUUUAGUCAUGCUGGCCACAUGACCCAGAAAGCUAUUUGUGGACAAACACCUUGGCCUGAAAGCGAGAUGAGAGCCACAACCCCAUAGUCGCCUUUGACUGGACUUAACAGUCCAGGGUCCUUUACCUUUUUUUUAAUCUUUAGAGUUGCCACCUGUCUUGUAUAAAACAAGGAUUGCCCCGUAUUUUAAUGUAAAAUGCUAUGUCCUGUAUUGAUACAGUUUGACCUGUAUUUCAAGUACUCUCUCUCUCUCUGCCAAGUUAGAGAAUCUCUCCAAAUGCAUGUGUUUGAAAAGGUGUGUGAAACGCCAUGUAUUUAAGCUCUGGGUAGCCAAGCACAGACAUAUUUACAAAUUUGUGUGUGUGUGACAAAUUCCAGAGGGGCCAUCCUAUUA